AGCAGGAGGCGCCGGGAAAACUUUAAGGGGAAGCUGUACCAUAGCCUUCCAGAAGCAAGUGUUGCAGUGUCCUUGGAAAUUUCAGAGAGCCCUGGGAGCAUCCAGGUGGCCCGGGGCCAAACAGCAGUCCUGCCCUGCACUUUUUCUACCAGCGCUGCCCUCCUUAACCUCAAUGUUGUUUGGAUGGUCAUUCCUCUUUCCAAUGCUCACCAACCUGAACAGGUCAUUUUUUAUCAGGCUGGACAGAUGUUUGAUGGUGCUCCCCAGUUCCACGGUAGGGUAGGCUUUACAGGCACAAUGCCAGCCACCAAUGUCUCCAUUUUCAUUAAUAACACACAGCUGUCAGAUACAGGCACCUACCAGUGUUUGGUCAAUAACCUUCCAGACAGAGGGGGCAAGAACAUUGGGGUCACUGGCCUCACAGUGUUAGUUCCCCCUUCUGCCCCACACUGCCAAAUUCAAGGAUCCCAGGACAUUGGCAGUGAUGUGAUCCUGCUCUGCAGCUCAGAGGAAGGCAUCCCCCGGCCAACUUACCUUUGGGAGAAGUUAGACAAUACCCUCAAGCUACCUCCAACAGCUACUCAGGACCAGGUCCAGGGAACAGUCACCAUCCGGAACAUCAGCGCUCUGUCUUCAGGUUUGUACCAGUGUGUGGCUUCCAAUGCCAUCGGGACCAGCACCUGUCUCUUGGAUCUCCAGGUGAUUUCACCCCAGCCCAGGAGCAUUGGACUUAUAGCUGGAGCCGUUGGCACUGGUGCAGUUAUUGUCAUUUUUUGCAUUGCACUGAUUUUAGGGGCAUUCUUUUACUGGAGAAGCAAAAACAAAGAGGAGGAGGAAGAAGAAAUUCCUAAUGAAAUAAGAGAGGAUGACCUUCCCCCUAAAUGUUCUUCUUCUGCCAAAGCAUUUCACACGGAAAUGUCCUCCUCAGAGAACAACACGCUGACCUCUUCCAAUACCUACAACAGUCGAUACUGGAACAACCAGCCAAAAGUCCAUAGGAACACGGAGUCAUUCAACCGCUUCAGCGACUUGCACCAGUCUUUCUCCCUCCACUCAGGCAACGCCAAUAUCUCAUCCAUCUAUGCCAAUGGGAGCCAUCUGGUCCCGGGGCCACAGAGGACUCUGGUAGUGACAGCUAACAGAAGCUCAUCACCACAGAUCAUGCCUAGGAACAAUAGCUCAGUCAGCAGGAAGCCCCAGCCUCCACACAUACACUCCUACACCAUCAGCCAAGCCACACUGGAGCGAAUCGGUGCAGUGCCUGUCAUGGUGCCAGCCCAGAGUCGGGCAGGAUCCCUGGUAUAGGACACAAUGAGAUGUUGUACUCAGAAAAAAAUAACUGGACUGCCUCUGUACAAGGGUGAGAGUGGGGUGGGCAAGUGCUGGGAAAGAGACACUUUCCUUAUCAUUCUGUUAGUAAAAGCACAAAAAGAAGGCAAUGCUGUUACCUGGCCACCAAGAUGAGUAACAUGGACUGGAGUGCUCUCUCCUGAAGAAUUGUUUCCCUGCCACAGAUGUCCUGGGAUUCUGUUCAGAUAGCCACAUCUCAAAGAUGUGCCAAGCCAAGGCGAAAGAUCUAAGAGCAGAAUAGCACUUAAAACCCAAGCUGCAGCCCAGAUAGCUGCUUCUUUAAUUCAUGCCUAACUUGAGAAUUUUCAAGAGACUGAAGUGCCAGAAGAAAUUUAAA